AUGGUGUCCAACAAGUUCUUCGCGCUUGUAGCUGGUAUCGGCCCCGGCACUGGGAGAUCGGUCGCUCUCAAAUUCUCCGAGUUCUACCCGGUGGUCUUGCUGGCUCGUCACCCGGAAAGCUACAGCGACGUUGUUGCUCAGAUCAACAAGGCCGGCGGGAGAGCGAUUGGCAUUUCCGCAGAUGCAACAGACGAGGCUUCCCUCGCUUCGGCGUUUGAAACCAUCAACAAGGAGUUCGAGGGGUUGCAGCUUGUCGCGGCCAUCUAUAAUGUCCGACCAAACUCGCGGCCAAGUCGCAAGCCCUUCCUGGAGCUGAAUUUGGAGGAUUUGGACGUCAGCCUCAACGGCAAUGUCCGUGGUCUCUUCACUUUUGCUCAACGCACAGUCCCACUCCUUCUGAAAUCUGUCGACAGUUCUCCUCAUCCGCCAACUUUGAUAGUCACUGGAGCGACUGCGUCAAUCAGAGGGUCCAAACUAUGGUCUGUUAUCGCGGCAGGCAAGUCUGCGGGACGUAUCUUGACCCAGUCUCUGGCCCGAGAAUUUGGUCCGGCGGGAGUUCAUGUCGCCCACGCCAUCAUCGAUGGCGGCAUCGAUGUCCCCGAUGCAGCGCAUGCUGCUAACAAUGAUGUAACACCGGAUGGCAAGAUAAGCCCGUUUGCUAUUGCCGAAAGCUACUGGAACCUGCAUACGCAACAUAAAUCAGCUUUUACGCAGGAAAUUGAUGUGAGGCCAUUCAACGAGCAUUUCUAA